AUGCCCACACAAUCCAAACAGGCUUUCAUCGCCGCUAGGAAGAAGGCAGGUAAGGUACAUCCUCCUCUACAUGACCGCCGGGUCUGGCUAAGGCCGGAGUGGCGCCAACGCCUGCCCACCGUGUAUCGCCCUCUCAAUGUUACCAUGCGCGAACUUGUACGGGAUUGGGAUGCUUCAGAGACGGGACGCAGCUACACACCGUAUAGCAACCAGCUGAACACAUGGUACAAGGCGCUAUUUAACACUGACGAGAAGUCGCGCAUCACGGCCAAGGCCUUGGUCGAGAAUUAUGUGCCCACGAUCGACAGCGAUAUUGACAUUGUGGAGAUGAAGCAGAGUGCGAAAGUAUCCUUCAAGGCCGCAGAGAGGUUACGAGCGCGUGUGGCUACCCGACAGGCUACCCGGCAGGCUGUGUCAGAGCGGGGUGAUACGCGGUCGAUUAAUCAGGACCUAGAGGCUGAGAUCGUCGCCAUGCUCUGA